GCUUCCGUAUAGAUUCCGAUCACAACUAAAAGCUCAGAGAGGAGGGAAUCGAGGGCUCUGCGUGAUCGUUUUAACCGGAGAAGAGAUGUCGAGCUCACAGUUUCGGUAUACGCAGACGCCGUCGAAGGUGGUGCACCUGCGGAAUCUGCCGUGGGAAUGCGUGGAAGAAGAGCUCAUCGACCUGUGCAAACGAUUCGGCAAAAUCGUAAAUACCAAAACCAAUGUCGGCGCCAAUCGCAACCAAGCCUUCGUCGAAUUCGCUGAGUUGAAUCAGGCUAUAUCAAUGGUUUCGUAUUAUGCUUCGUCUUCAGAGCCUGCGCAGAUUCGUGGGAAAACUGUUUAUAUACAGUACUCUAAUCGCCAUGAGAUUGUCAACAACCAGAGUCCUGGAGAUGUCCCUGGGAAUGUCCUCUUGGUUACCUUUGAAGGAGUCGAAUCUCACGAUGUCAGCAUCGAUGUCAUCCAUCUGGUGUUUUCUGCUUUUGGAUUCGUUCACAAAAUUGCCACUUUUGAGAAAGCUGCUGGUUUCCAGGCACUAGUUCAAUUCACUGAUGUGGAGACUGCUUCAGCGGCAAGGAAUGCGCUAGAUGGAAGAAGUAUACCCAAAUAUCUACUUCCAGACCACGUUGCCUCUUGCAAUUUGCGAAUGUCUUAUUCAGCUCAUACUGAUCUAAACAUCAAGUUUCAGUCCCAUCGUAGCAGGGAUUACACAAAUCCAUACCUUCCAGUGAAUCAUACCGCAAUGGACGGGUCUAUGCAGCCUGCUUUGGGUGCUGAUGGAAAGAAGGUAGAAACUCAGAGCAAUGUCCUGCUUGCUUUGAUUGAGAAUAUGCAGUAUGCUGUCACCGUGGAUGUUCUUCACACGGUCUUUUCAGCGUAUGGGUCUGUCCAGAAGAUUGCUAUAUUUGAGAAGAAUGGUUCAACACAAGCCUUAAUUCAAUACUCUGAUAUAGCAACGGCGGCAAUAGCUAAAGAAGCAUUGGAAGGACACUGCAUAUAUGACGGUGGCUACUGUAAGCUUCGACUAUCAUACUCUCGUCAUACUGAUCUCAAUGUAAAGGCUUUUAGCGACAAAAGCAGAGACUACACACUACCUGAUCUGAGCCUACUCGUGGGCCAAAAUGUUCCCGGAGUGGCUGACGCUUCUGCGCCAACAGCUGGUUGGCAGAAUGGGCAGGUGCAAACUCAAUACGCAGGUUAUGGUGGAAGUCCAUAUAUGUACCCUUCAGCUGAUCACGCAGGGGCUUCACCUUCUUCUGGUCAUCCUCCUUACUAUGGUUGAUCCAUAUAUUUGUUUUCUACAUAAUUUACGGAUUUACUGUCAGUAUAAAGACCGAACUGGGAGUUUCUAUGUCUUAGGUUUCACCAGUUUGUUAUGUUUCAGUUAAAAGUGUGUGGUUGUUCUUGUUUUUUUCUUGUUGGUUUAAUAGACAGACGUUUAAGUGGGGGAAACAGUAAUAAAAUCAGAACGUGCUUCAAGCGCCA